AUGCCUCAAACAAAAGUUGGUUAAAUCAAAAAGGAAGCAAUUUAUAUCUUUUGGUUUGAAUUCAUAGGAACAUUCAUGUUAACUUUCUGUAUUUAUGCCAGCAAGUAUAUAUGACUAAUUCAAACUUAGUAAUAACCUUUUUGUUUUUUCUUGUGCAUAUGGAUUGUAAAAUUUUGGUAGCUUAACAUAAAAAAUGUACAUUCAAUCUUGCAAUCACAACGGUAUUAUCAGGACUGCAUAAAGGAUUAUGGGUGUCAGUGGCAAUAGGUAGUUAAUUUGGAGAAGCAUUUUUGGCAAGUUUAUUUGGAUUUUUGUGUUUUAAGAAUUAGUAAAAUAUUUAUAGACUACAAAAAAUAGUGUAAAUGAUGUUCCAUACUUAUCAUAAACAAAUAUAGAAGCAUACAUGGCUGUGAUACUUGAAGAAAUAUUUGGAUCUCUUAUUCUUUGUGCAGGAUUCUUAUUUUAAUAUGAUGAUUUAAUGGGUUUAUCAUCAAAUAGAUUAGAACAUAGCAUAAUAAUCAAUUCUUUAUACUGUGUUGGAAGAACACUUAGUUAUGUAGCUAAGAGUAGUCUUAAUCCAGCUAUUGCAUUCGGGUAAGUGAUACUAAGUUGAUGACGAGUUUAGUAUUCUUUGAAUGUUGCAAGGAUGGACAUUGGGCAAGAAUUUUGAAUUUAUGGAUUUACUCUAUUCUACCUUAUUUUUGGGCAUUCUUAUCUUUAGCAAUUAUUAGGGCAAUUUAUAGAGACUGUUAUGAAUAAUAAUUAUAAGCUGGUUUAAGACAAUGA